AGCGCCCUCCCCGCCGUCCGCCGCCGCCUCCGCCUCCGCCUUCGCCUCGGCCGGCCGGGGACACGGCAGUGAGGCGGGGCCCGGACACACGGAGAGUUGUUUUAACCCAGAAGCGCUCAUCUGUCCCUGAAGGGUGAACGUCACCACAGUUUGCCAUGCCUGCUGUGGCCUCCGGACCUAAAGACCUCUACCUCUGUUCUUCACUGAAAGAUCUUAACAAGAAGACAGAAGUUAAACCAGAGAAAAUAAGUACCAAAUCUUACGUGCAGAGUGCCCUGAAAAUUUUCAAGACAGCAGAAGAAAGCAGAUUGGAUCGUGAUGAAGAGAAGGCCUAUGUCUUAUAUAUGAAAUACGUGACUGUGUAUAAUCUUAUAAAAAUAAGACCCGAUUUCAAACAGCAGCAGGACUACUUUCAUUCAAUACUCGGACCUGCAAACAUCAAAAAAGCUAUCGAAGAAGCCGAAAGACUCUCUGAAAGCCUAAAACUCAGAUAUGAGGAAGCCGAAGUUCGGAAGAAGCUCGAAGAAAAAGACAGACAGGCAGAACAGCAGCUGCAGCAGAAAAAGCAGGAAACAGGAAGAGAUGGUGGAAAGGCGUCAACUAAGAGUACUUUGGAGAACGUAUUGGACCCUAAAGGCAAAAGUCAGAAGAUCAAUGGGGAAAAGAAGGAAAGAAGUGAAAAAGUUGAGCAAGAUUCUAUAUCCCAGGGAGCAGUCACAGCGGAGAAACUGUUCACCAUGAUGAUGGAUAAGAGCGUCAGUUUGAUCAUCAUGGAUGCCCGCAGUUUGAAAGAUUUCCAAACUUCCUCUAUUGUCAAUUCUCUCUGUGUCCCUGAGGAAGCCAUCAAACCUGGAACCACCACGCAUCGGAUCGAAGAAAACCUCCCCGAGGUUUCUAAAGACACCUGGAAGAAUCGGGGCUCUGUUGACUUUGUGGUACUGCUGGACUGGUUUAGUUCGACAAAAGAUUUACUUCUUGGAACAACUCUACGCAGUCUGAAAGAUGCCCUUUUUAAGUGGGAAAGUCAGACCGUCCUGCGGAACGAGCCCUUAGUUUUGGAAGGAGGCUAUGAAAAUUGGCUCCUUUGUUACCCUCAGUUCACAACGAAUGCUAAAGUCACCCCACCUCCUCGGGGAAAGAGCGAAGAGGUUUCUAUCUCACUGGAUUUUACCUACCCGUCUCUCGAAGAGCCGGCCCCUCCUCCCCCAGCCGCCCAGGUACGGCCAUCUCCUGUCGCGGGAAAUGAAAACACAGACGGGCGAAGCAACCGGGAAGAGAGAACGGGGCCGCUUAACCCCCCAACUCCAGGAGGGCCAGUUGCUGCUCGCGGCUCCCCUGUGGUUCAGGCAACGAGCACUGUGAAGAACGUUCCUCAGAUCGAUCGUUCUAAAAAGCCCACAACCAAACCGCCCGAUGCUCAUAAAGUCAGAGCUGAGAGCGCCGAGCCCGACCCGAAGUCCCUUCAGAACGGGAAGAUGGUUCCCGACCGAUCCAAAAAGCCCGCAUUUGACCCGACCGCCGUCCUGACGGAGGAAGAAAAGAGCCGCAUUCACGCCGAGACCGCCUUCCUGAUUGAGAAGAGCAAACGAGAAAAAGAGCGACGGGAAAGGCAGCAAGAGGAGCAGAAAGAGAAGCUCAGGCGGGAAGAGCAGGAGCGGAAAGUCCAAGAGAACCGGGAAGGGGAAGAAAGAGAACCCCGGGAGGAACGACGGCAAGUCGGGGCAGCGGCCGACGGGCGAGAGGGCGGGCAGGCGAAGAGAGAGGAGGAGGAAACUCCGGAGAGAAGACCCAGAGAAGCCGCAGGAGCAAAAAGGCAAAACCAGAGCGACCAUGAGAGCGCAGAGGCUGAAAAAUCCGACCUCGACAGAGGUUCCACGGAAGAUCGAGAGACAGGCCCUCAAACUUCAGAACUGCCGAAAAAGCCCCUAGGAGGUCCGGCCCAAGCUUCUGGGAUGGAAGAGCCGAGCUCGAGUAAGCAUGUUAGAGUUAAAGAACAGCCAGAAAGUGACGUGCCCAAAGCAGGAACCUCUAAAGAUACUUCCGAAGACCCCGAAAGAAAUAAAUCUCAACGAGAGCCAUUGACAAGAGCCCGAAGUGAAGAAAUGGGAAGGAUAGUACCUGGAUUGCCUGCAGGCUGGGCCAAGUUUCUCGAUCCCACUACAGGGACCUUUCGCUAUUACCACUCACCGACCAACUCGGUUCACAUAUACCCCCCCGAAAUGGCUCCUCCCUCCACGCCCCCGGCCACGCCCCCAACCCACAAGGCCAAGCCCAAGGUAUCCACGGAGCGGGACAGAGAGCCGUCCAAGUUGAAGCGCUCCUACUCCUCACCGGAUAUAACCCAAGCCAUCCAGGAGGAGGAGAAGAAGAAACCAAUCGUAACGCCCGCCGUCAACCGGGAAAACAAGCCACUCUGCCACCCGAAGGCUGAAAUCUCCAGGCUGUCCGCCUCUCAGAUUCGGAACCUCAACCCGGUGUUCGGCGGGGCGGGCCCAGCGCUCACUGGACUUCGCAACCUGGGGAACACCUGCUACAUGAACUCCAUCCUGCAGUGCCUGUGCAAUGCUCCACACCUGGCCGAUUAUUUCAACAGAAACUUCUAUCAGGAAGACAUUAACAGGUCAAACCUGCUGGGGCAUAAAGGCGAAGUGGCCGAGGAGUUUGGUAUCAUCAUGAAAGCCCUGUGGACCGGGCAGUAUAGGUAUAUCAGCCCAAAGGACUUUAAGAUCACCAUUGGGAAGAUCAAUGACCAGUUUUCGGGCUACAGCCAGCAAGACUCCCAAGAGUUGCUCCUGUUCCUGAUGGAUGGACUUCACGAAGACCUAAAUAAAGCUGACAACCGGAAGAGGCAUAAGGAAGAGAACAACGACCACCUGGAUGACUGCAGAGCAGCGGAGUUGGCCUGGCACAAGCACAAGCAGCUGAACGAAUCCAUCAUCGUGGCGCUCUUCCAAGGCCAGUUCAAGUCGACCGUCCAGUGCCUCACGUGUCACAAGAGGUCGCGGACGUUCGAGGCCUUCAUGUAUUUGUCUUUACCGCUCGCGUCCACCAGCAAGUGCUCCCUGCAGGAUUGCCUCAGGUUAUUUUCCAAAGAGGAGAAACUCACCGAUAACAACAGAUUCUACUGCAGUCACUGUAAGACGCGAAGAGACUCCCUGAAAAAAAUAGAAAUUUGGAAGCUGCCUCCUGUGCUCUUAGUACACUUGAAACGUUUUUCGUACGAAGGGCGGUGGAAACAGAAACUACAGACGUCAGUUGAUUUCCCGUUGGAGAGCCUGGACCUGUCCCAGUACGUCAUCGGCUCCAAGAGCAGUUUGAAGAGAUACAACCUGUUUUCUGUCUCCAACCACUACGGGGGCCUGGACGGAGGACACUACACCGCCUACUGUAAAAACGCCGCCCGCCAACGGUGGUUCAAGUUCGACGACCACGAGGUGUCCGACAUCUCCGUCUCCUCCGUGAAAUCGUCGGCCGCCUACAUCCUGUUCUACACCUCCUUGGAGCUCCGAGCGGCCGACGUAGCCACGUAAGGGGGAGGGAGGCGGCGGAGGCACGAGAGCCCUCCUCCUAUCUUUCAGGGGCCCCCCGGGACGAAAGAGAUGCAAAAUAGCUUCUCGUGGUCACCUAGGAGCCAGGUUCCCGCAGCCGGAGUUCAGGUCAGUGCUAGUACUUUAUCAGAAAAGCCGGCCGACGACAUCUAUUCAGUACUAAUACUAGUAAUAAAAAAAAAGCCUCUUCCGGAUACAGCUUCUCUCAGAGCGACUUAUUUUUAGCCUACCCCAAAAUUAUAACCUAGUGAUUCCCAGUCUCUGAAGUAUUCUUAUUAUUAGAGUCCCGGACUAAGACCCAUUGUAUACUUUAAUCCCGCCCCCGCACACCUUUUUACUGAUGUAGCCUUUCCACAUUUCCUAAGAUGGAUCCUCCAGUGGCUACGGUAGGGUGAUGUAAAGCAGGUAGGAAUGUAUGUGUAUAUAGCAAUUGCGUACUUGCACAUCAGAACUCUGUGUAUAUAUAUAUAGAUAUAAAAAAGAAAGAAAGGGGGGGGUCCUUUCGUGAAGUAAGCACUCAGAAUUGCUUCGCCUUUGCCUAGUCUUCAUAGCUGCAAAGCUUUCUUACAGACCUCACGGGGCAAAGCUGUUUUUCUGUUGGCUUCGGGCUAUAUCUGUGCACUUAAACUUGAUUCCGAAGAAAUACGAAAACCUUUCUUUAAUUUUUUUAAUAUAAAUUUAAUGUACACUUGCAUUAAAAUCUAACUCAAAGUAUUAUUUAAAA